AUGGUAGAUGAAUGGAGACUUCUGUCAGUUACACUAUGUUUCACAUGGAUUUCAAUACCCCAUUGUUGUGCCGGUGUGGAAGCUACCACGAGUUGUACCUUGAGCUAGUAAUCUAUGCCUUGAGCAAAGAUGAAGUCCAGACCCUCAGGGACGAGGUGCAGGACCUUCGGCAAAAGCUCAAAAUUAUACAGUUUGCAGAAGCUGGGAGGGAAGGAGCUGUGUCAUUGCAGGUAAUGGUCGCAAGGGAUGUUACUGAGGAGCGGGAUGCGAAUGAGAUGGUUGGACAUUGGGAUUCUAACAGAGAGGCAUUGGUAGAGAAGACGUCACUCUCUGACGUUGCUGGGGAUAUAUACCUGAUGGGUGGCUUCCAUGACCAUAACUGGCUGGCUUCUGUCGAAGUGUUCAAUCCACUUUUGCGGAAAUGGAGGAACGUUGCGCCGAUGGGUGAUCCUCGAUCAUAUGCAGCAGCAAGUGUGCUGGACAGGAAAAUCUUUGUUUUCGGGGGAGGCAGUGCAAAAGACCUCUGGUAUGACACAGUGGAGAUGUAUAAUCCUCACAAUGACAAGUGGAUUCCCGUCUGUGCUCUCAACCAGAAGCGGGGCAGCCUUGGCGGAGCAGUUUUGUCAGGGAAAAUAUACGCUGUUGGAGGUGGUUGUGGCGAAGUGACCAGUGAUGUGGACCCUUUUGCAGUUUGUGAAAUUCUGGACCCUCAUGUCGGACGGUGGGUGUUUGGAAACCCAAUGCAAGAAAAGGGAUGUCGGUACUUCACCAAGAUAAAUUUGAAGUUUGGAUACCAUCAAAUUGCCGUUAGGCCUGAGGAUCGGCACAAAACCGCUUUUCAGACCAGGUAUGGUCUGUACGAGUUUGUGGUGAUGCCGUUUGGACCAUGCAAUGCACCUGGUACAUUCCAGCACGCGAUGAACAAGAUUUUUCAUGACUACUUAGACAAGUUUAUCGUUGUGUACCUCGACGAUAUUCUCAUCUUUAGUAGGACUGUAGAGGAGCACGCUGAGCACUUGAAAACAGUGCUAGGUCUCCUAAGACAGCACCAGUACAAGGUUAACUUGGAAAUAUGCGAGUUUGGUCGCACCAAGAUCUUGUACUUAGAUCAUGAAAUAUCAGCAGAUGGACUGAGGCCGGAUGAUGCCAAGGUGGCCAGCAUACGUGAUUGGCCCAGACCUCAGACAGUCACUGAGGUCAGAUCGUUUUUGGGGAUGACGGGCUACUAUCGUCCGUUUGUGAAGAACUAUAAUACUAUAGCUUCCCCAUUAACGGAUCUAACUCGACUUGACACCCCUUGGGAGUGGACUGAAGAGUGUGAGGCAAGCUUCAAGAAAUUGAAGUAUGCUCUAACACGCUAUGAAGUUCUCAAACUUCCUGAUCCUGACAAACCGUUUGUUGUGACCACAAAUGCCAGCCAAUAUGGCAUAGGCGCGGCGAUGUUAUAUGUGUUGAGGGCUGAACAGGAAGCAGUGGUAAAAGAAUGGGAGGCAAAAGAGGACCCCUUAAAACGCCAGACGCUUGAAGAAGAAAAGAAGCUAGAAUGGAAGUUGCGUCUGACUAGGGAGAAAAAGAAGAGAAUGGAGGAGACGAGUAAGGCUGCGAAGGAGUUGGAGGUGGUGAAGCAGCAAAGGGCGCAGAUGGAGGUGCAACCGGAUUGGCAAGGAAAGAUGGAGGAAGCCACAUGUAACUAUUGCGCAGAAAAGGGCCAUAUUAUGCGGUUUUGCCAACUCCUUUCAAAAGAUGAGAAGGAGGGAAUAAUCUUCACCACGAUACGCGGUGAAGUCUUUGAUUACGAAGGGAACCUGAUCGACCCCAACAUUGAAGGGGGUAUGAGGAAGGAGGCGUUUUGCGGAAUGGGUCGUCCGCUGCCGGCGACGUUCCGGAUUGCUUCUCCCGAAGAAGCGCGGUUGGUCGGGGUUGAGGAGGCCAUGGCGUCAUUACAUAUUGACGACUCGUCGGCGGAACCAGGAGGGUUUAGGGAACGAGUGGUGGAACGAGCGCAAACCAUCACGAGGCGGCUUGCCCGAUGCCGGGACUCUAUCAUCCGACUUUGUGUGGACAUGGAGGAGGUCUGGCCUGGAUUGCCGAAUGUCUUUCUCUUUGGCGAAUGGGGUGAUAAAAGGGAAGAUGCGUCUGGGCAAGCAGGGACGUCUUCUCCAAGAGAAACAUCGCGAACUGGGCCAAUGGUAAGCACGAUGCGACCUAGGCCUGUGCUAAAGAGAAGUGCUCCGACUGUAGCCAUGCAGAUUCGGAUGCGGCGACGAAACGAGCAGCUUCAGAAGGAAAGAGAGCCUGAAAAGGCGGUGGAAGAAGAACCCAUCCCCGUUAGUGAGAACGAUGAGGAUAACGAGGAUGAGAAGUUGCGGGCCGAAGAGGAAGAACGGGCUCGUCGACGUGCGCUGGAAAGGGAGCCGCAGAAAGGGAAGGCCGAACGCGACUUAGUCACGCUGAAGGAAAUUUUGGCGGUAUCGUCGAAGAUCCGAGAAGAGUUUAAACAACGGAUGACUCGCAAGAGAGUCAUGACUGUUAAGCUCGGCGAAGGUAUUCCGCCUGAGGCUAAUUGGUCCCCGCCUGGGACGAAGAUGGAUUGGCGAAGUGUGUCAACCGGCCAUAUGAAGGUCCAGAUCGGAUUGCAAGAGUACUCGACACUUGUGGAUGAUGGAGCCGAGAUGAAUAUCAUUCAUGAGCGCCAUGCCAUUGAAGCUGGGUUGAAGAUCAACCGAGAUGACUAUGGGUUUGCCGCCAGAGUGGAGCACUGGCGAAAGCUUGUACGCAAAGGCCAGAAGUGGGAAUGGGUUCCGAGGCAGCAAGCAGCCGUAGAGGACAUAAAGACUGAGUUUCGUGAGGGCGGAUUGAUCCUUAGAGUUCCUUUCUUCGUCGAUGACGAAAAGCGUCCUCUUGUUAUUGAGACUGAUGCGGGGCCUACAGCCCUAGGAGGAGGGGUCUUAAUUCAAAAGGAUGCUGAGGGGCAAGAAAUACCUCUCAGAUUUGAGAGUAGGACUUUGAAUGUUGCUGAGAGGAACUAUUCCCAGUUCAAGAAGGAAACUUUGGUCGGGCUUUACUGUUUUCGUAUUUUUCGGAAUUAUGUGUUUGGUAGACGCUUCAUCCUGUGGGUGGAUCCGACCGCAUUGGCUCAAUCUUUAAGGAAUUAUUCACCUGUUGAUCCCACCAUUGCACGAUGGUUGACUUAUAUUUGGGUGUUUGACUUCAAGAUUGAGCGGAUUUCGGGGAGUCAGAAUCGUGCUGAUGGGCUGAGUCGGGUUGAAUGGGAUCCAGAGGCGGAUCAGGCAGAAGAAUCAGUUUCGGUUGAUGCCUUUCUGAAGGAGGAGGAGUCACGAUUGAGUAUUAACGCUCUUGCCUACUUGACUGAUGCAGCCACUCGGCAUAGGAAAUCGAUAUGGAAUGCUCUAGCCUUUCACGAGGUACGUCCAGAACUCGUGGUGGAGGAACCUUUCAUCGAAGAGGAUCGAUGGGGCGAGCAGACCGCAGAGGAAAUGAUGAGGCUGGCUUUGAUCGAUGACAUCGACCUUAUGCUUGAUCCGCUAACGAUUGAACAGGGCCAUACGCAGGCUGAUGACGCUUUCUAGACCGUUGGAAGGAUGCCAUAUAUCAUGAACUUGUUGGUUCAUGAGGAUCGCUUGAGGUUAAUGAAUGCGGAGGAAGGAG